AUGUCUUUUGUUAAUAUAAGGAGUAGUCGCGGGCCAGUGGUGAAAGUUUGCGGCUUGCAAAGCUUAAAAGCCGCUCAAUGUGCUUUGGAUUCGGACGCUGACUUGCUGGGCAUAAUAUGUGUGCCCGGCAGGGAGAGAACUGUUGAUCCGGUCGUAGCCAUGGAGAUUUCGGCUCUCGUAAGAGCAUGUAGAACCAGCAUGAGCACCCCAAAAUAUCUGGUUGGUGUUUUCCGUAAUCAGUCCAAGGAGGAUGUUUUACGUAUAGCCAACGAUUAUGGUAUCGAUAUCGUUCAACUUCACGGUGACGAGCCGUGGCAAGAGUAUCAAAAAUUUCUCGGCUUGCCAGUUAUCAAAAGGCUCGUGUUCCCAAGAGAUUGCGACAUAUUACUGAGUACGCCUUCAGAGAAAACACAUCUGUUUAUGCCCCUAUUUGAUUCGGAGGCCGGUGGAACAGGUGAACUUUUAGAUUGGAACUCCAUUUCUGACUGGUUUGCGGAGCAAGGAAACCCGGAAUGUCUACAGUUCAUGUUGGCUGGUGGAUUGACGCCUGAAAACGUCAGUGACGCCCUUCAACUACAUGGUGUUAUUGGUGUUGAUGUAAGUGGUGGUGUGGAAACAAAUGGUAUGAAAGAUAUGGACAAAAUCACGAACUUUGUCAGAAAUGCAAAGAAGGAAAGUUAG